UAUAAAGGGAACAAAUACGAAGUGGCUUAUUGCAGAACUUUUCAGUGCGCUCUCUAGUCUAUACCCAUGGCUACACUCACUCUCCCAAAGCACUCUAUUCCCUCUCUGCUCCCGACUCAAAGUCCCACACACCCAUUGUCUCAUAACUUCCCAAUACUCUCCAAGUCAUCUCAAUCUCAGUUUUAUGGCCUCCAGGUCUCUUAUUCUCCCUCUCGUUCAAUCCCCUCAUUUUCUUCGAUGAAGGGUUCCAUUUUUGCCAAGGUGAACAAAGGUACGGUCCCACCAUCGUUCACAUUGAAAGAUCAGGAUGGAAGGAAUGUGAGUCUCUCCAAAUUCAAAGGCAAGCCAGUGGUUGUCUAUUUCUACCCUGCAGAUGAGACCCCUGGCUGCACAAAACAGGCUUGUGCUUUCAGGGAUUCUUAUGAGAAAUUUAAGAAAGCAGGAGCUGAGGUUGUUGGGAUUAGUGGUGAUGAUUCAUCGUCUCACAAGGCUUUUGCAAAGAAAUAUAGGCUUCCUUUCACUUUGCUUAGUGACGAGGGAAAUAAGGUGAGGAAAGAUUGGGGAGUGCCUGCAGAUCUGUUUGGAACACUGCCUGGGAGACAGACUUACGUUCUUGACAAGAAAGGGGUGGUUCAGCUCGUCUACAACAACCAGUUCCAACCCGAAAAGCAUAUCGAUGAGACCUUGAAACUACUUCAAAGUCUUUGAUGGCUUCUUCUUUUCCCUUUUUAUAAUGUGUCUCGGACUUGCAGCAAUAAUAAUUCUUCUAUGAUUCAGAGCCCUAAGUAAUUACUUCAGCUGUUAGCCAAAUUUGGACCCAUCAUCCUAUCAGGUGAGAAGCUGAUCGGUUCGGCUCUAGAACAUCAAAGUAUUUAGACAUGUUUUUAAAGAAUGAGAAAUGAAGUAUGAUGCUUCUUGUUA